AUGCACAGCAAAGGACUUGGAGUUUUUGCCCUACUGGCCUCACUUCUCGUGUCCAGUGCAGCUUUACCUGAAAAGCAGACAGUAGGGGACAAUAUCCUACAGAAGAUCCUCUCGAGACGGGACAGUGUCAAAGACCCUGGCGUAUCAGAGACUCGCGCUGAGAGGCGGGCACGUCUUUCCGAGGACGAUCGCGAGAUUAUGGCCAAACAACUCAUGCAUGCCAUCUCAGAAUUGAUGAAUUCGGACUGCAUGUCUGACCGGGACUAUCAAGGCUGGGUGGACUUUGGACGCCGGGAUGCAGAAAUGCCUUAA